GCCACAAGUCAAUAUCUUGAGGCCACAAAUGAAUAUAUUGUGGCCAUGAGUUAACAUUGAGGCUAUGAGAUAAUAUAUAGAGGCCAAAAAAAAAAAGUAGUGGUCAUGAAAUUCUAUAACUUGAGCCUCCGAUGAAAUAUUUUGCAGGAACAGGUGAAAAAGUCUAUUUGCUUUGAGAAUUUGCUUAAGGUGGUGUGGGCUAAUGUUACAUCCUUGUCACAAGGGCAGUGACUCCAGCAUCUAUUUAUGCAUCGUUCCAAGAUAAUAAAGUAUAAGAUUAUUAAUCAUUUCCAUGUGUGCUAUCCUGUGAACACAUCAGUCUAAUUCACUAGGUUUUUCUGUCUCACACAUUUUACUAUGAAUGUUAAUGAGACAUAUCAUAUGAAGCAGGCUGCUGCAUCAUUUAAAGGAGUCUGCCUUUAAAAUCUGUUAACAUUCGACUAUAAUCCAUAUUUAUACUGUUAAUCUGUCCCAGGGCUUAGAUUGGCUUGUACAGUUCCUAUUUGUGGUAUGUUGUAAAUUUACAAAAUGUUUUUUUGGAUUCGCAUGUUUCUGUUUGGUUGUAAAUAACUCUUCUGGCAACAAGACAAAGCUCCACCUUACGAAAGCUUCCCUUUUAAGCACGGCAUCUUGUUAGAAUACACAGUCUGUUUCACAAUCUUUCUUGGGCUGAUGAGAGACGCUCAUGACAUUCUUCAACAUGACAACUAAGGAGUAUUCUGAUUACUACAACCUAACAAAUUGUAGUUUCCCAGUCUGCAAAAACAACAACAUAAUGGACUUCAGCCAAGUCUUCCUACCUACCCUUUACAGCAUCGUCUUAAUCUUGGGGUUAAUUGGCAAUGGCCUGGUGCUGUGUGUCCUGGUCAAGUACCACAAAAGUUCCAACAUGUCAGAUCUGUGUCUCUUCAACCUGGCUAUUUCAGACCUCCUCUUCCUGAUCUCAUUGCCUUUUUGGGCUCACUACGCUGCCAUCUCUGAGUGGACCUUCGGGGGCUUCAUGUGUCAUGCAGUGACAGCGCUCUACAUGCUGGGAUUCUAUGGAAGUAUCUUCUUCAUGAUCCUCAUGACCAUUGACCGCUACACUGUCAUUGUCCACACCUACACCUCCCUCUUCUCCAAGCACCGGUCUGUCAGAGCUAGCAUAGCCCUGGCUUUGUUUAUAUGGGCACUUAGCUUGGGAGCUUCUCUGCCAAACAUCAUUUUCUCUCAAGUGAAGAAUGAAUCACAUGGAUGGACAUGCAAAGAGGAAUAUCCUGAAGGAUCAGCGUGGAAGCCAUUCUCUUACAUUGAGCUGAACAUCCUCGGCUUGAUCAUUCCUCUCUCAGUGAUGGUGUUCUGCUACUCGCGCAUCAUCCCCAUCUUAAUGACGAUGAAAUCUCAGAAGAAACACAAAGCUGUCAGGCUCAUGCUGGUCUUAGUCAUUGUUUUCUUCCUCUUCUGGACGCCCUACAACAUCGUCAUCUUCCUGAAGUUCCUGCAUCACUUGGGCUACAUGAGCACCUGUCAGUGGCAUCAGGACCUGAGCAUGGCUAUGCAGUGGGUGGAAACCAUAGCGUUCAGUCACUGCUGCCUCAACCCCAUAAUCUACGCCUUUGUAGGGCAGAAAUUCAGAAAUUUAUUUCUAAAGAUCCUGAAAGAAUGGUUUCCUCUUUGCUUUGGGCAUUGCAUGACAACUGAGUUCUCAGAGAGGAGGACCAUUAGGUUCUCACACACCUCAGUGAUUUCCAGCUCAAAGUCAAAUUCAAUAUUGUAAGCAUUAUCACGUUUAAUGAACUAUUAAGUCUUAUUAUGUCUCUUUUGUCAGUAUUUCAGUUGUCGUACUGUUUGGACAGUGUAACCAAUGUGAAGUAAAGUUACUAAUACUGUUG